CAGGGAAGCUUCUAGACCAGGUCUAUUAGUAGCUUCUGGGGCUCUCCUACCCCUUUCCUUCUAUUCGGAUAACUUCUUCUCCUCCAACCAACUCCGCUCUGUCAUAAAUUUCCAGAUUUCCUCUCACCUCGAAACUUCUAGAAACCGCAAAAUCUCACGGUUGCCGGCGAUCCAGAUGGGCCCAACUCCGGCACCGGCCGACCAACCCGACGAAUCUCCGCCGCCGGAGCAGCAGCGAGCCCUACCGACGCCGUUCCUCACCAAGACGUAUCAGAUGGUCGACGAUCCGAUAGUGGACGACGUUAUCUCUUGGAACGAGGAAGGAUCCACCUUCGUCGUGUGGAGACCCGCCGAAUUCGCUCGCGAUCUUCUACCCAAAUACUUCAAACACAAUAAUUUCUCCAGCUUCGUGCGACAGCUCAAUACAUAUGGAUUUAGGAAGAUUGUGCCGGAUCGAUGGGAGUUUGCGAACGAUUGUUUCAGGAGGGGAGAGAAGCGGAUGCUCUGCGAUAUUCAAAGGAGAAAGAUUAGCUCACCUGUGGCGUUGGCGGUGGUGGGUUCGACGUCGGCCCCAGCGAUGCCGGUGAACCGAGCGGGAUCACCGACGAACUCGCUGGAGGAGCAAGGGGAGCAGGUGCUUUCAUCGAACUCGUCGCCGCCUCCUCCCGGGAGUACGACGGAGUUGGUGGAGGAGAACGAGAGGCUGAGGAAGGAGAACCGGAAGCUCGCUAACGAGCUAUCCAAGAUGAAGAAUCUGUGUAACAACAUCUUCCUCUUGAUGUCCAAGUACGCCGGCUCUGCCCCGCAGGCGCAGGAGGCGCUAGAUCUGAUGCCAGCGAAGCAGGUGUCGGAGGAGGCGGAGGAGCUCGGCGUCAAGGCUGAGUCGUCGCCGCCUCCCCCGCCACCAUCGUCGGCGGCGGGAUCCUCGUCCUGGUAUUUCGAACCGACUCCGAUGCUCUUUGGCUUUUCGAUCGGCGAGAAACGAUGCCGAGAAGUCGAGGAUUGCGAGGACGAAUUGCCGGCGCCGUCAUUAGAGCCGGUUAUCAAGUCGGAGCCAUUUGAACCCGACUCAUAUCAGCUUUCGUUACCAGCGGCGGAGGAGGCAGAGACGGAAGCUGAACGGCGGCCGUGGGUUGUCUACUGCCCGCGCCCGCAGCGGGUGUGUAACGGCAAGGACCGAGUCCUGAUGGAGAGCGACGGAGCGCACGUGAGUUGACAGACAGCGUCACGUGACCGGGGUACUAAGUGGCUCGUUUUUAAUUAAGAUAAUUAAUUAUGUGGAAUUCCUUUUUAUGUAUAUAAUAAAACAGGCGGAAGAAAAAGGUUCCAGGAAGUGUAAUCCCGUUUGCCGCGCAAGUGUAUGGUUGACGGAAAUCUGUCGGUCUCCGUUAGAAAGUUUCAAUUUUUCCGUCACUGUUCAAAGCUUUAUUCUCCACUUUUUUCUAUGUUCUAGAGCGCCGUCAAAUAUUCGUUUGGAUGA